AUGAAGUUUCUCUGCCUUUGUGGAGCAUAUGGAAGCUCAGAUAAAUUUAGAGUGCAGCUUGCUCCUCUGAUUAAGGAAUUAGCAUCGGAUGAGACUGCCGAGCUAUUCUUCGCCCAUGGUCCCGUUGAUGCGUUCCCUCCUGAGGGAUAUGAGGAUUAUUUCGGUCCGGGUCCACAUUAUCGAUUCAUAAAGCCUGGGAAUACAGAAGAAGGAGGAAGUGACCUUCUCGACCGCAUUAGAAACUUUCCCAAAGGCGCAACUGCGGAAGAUCAAAUGCGGGAAUUGAUGAGGGUCGGAGUUGGCUCCGCGGCUCCUGUCCCAAAUGCCAAUGGUAUUCAUUGCGAUGAGAGUGCACAAGAUGCCAUGGAAUAUUUAUACGAUAUCAUGCAAGAAGAAGGUCCUUUCGACGGCAUUAUUGGAUAUUCAGAGGGAGCCACCGUUGCGGGGACUCUAUUAUUACACGAGCAAAAGAGAUUCGAAACCGAAGGAAGAUUACCGAUGUUCAAGUGUGCUGUGUUCUUCGCUGGGUGGCCUCCAUUGACACCUGAAUUCGAUGGAAUCGUUCUUGCAGAUACAACCGACUUGACUAUUACCAUUCCAACACUCCACAUCAUUGGCUCGUUAGAUCCAUAUCUGGCAGGAUGUAUCUCGCUCUAUAAUGUGUGUGAUAUGGAUAAUGCAUACCUCUUUGAUCACGGAAAAGGACAUACAUUGCCCAGAGAUCCGGAGACAGUUCGGGAGCUUGGCAACAUAAUACGCACAAUGGGCUCAAGUAUCGGACUUUUGUGA